UUAAUCUUUCUAUAGAUAUCUUGUGCUUUCAAAUUGAUGAGGAAAUGUAUGUUUCGAAAAUGUCUUAACAGGUUAAAAUGAAUUGGGAUGAAUCAGAACAGCUUGGUGACCCGGAAGACGCAAUUACCACUGCAGAUAAUGUAUCUAGAACGAUAAAAGUACAGGAUGUGAUUACCAUGGAAAUGCCAAUCAAACAACAGGUAACCGUUCAGCUACCGCAUGCAGCAACAAUUGAACUGGGACCAUCUGUGGGUCUUACGAAGACUGUCACUAUAGAGCCCGGUCCGGCUUUGGGACGUACGAAAUCAUAUUCUUCAACUAUUGAGACAGGUCCAACUCUAGGAAAGUCGUUACCUCAGUCCGCUUCUGUUGAUACUGGUCCAACUGCAAACUUUAUUUUACCAUUAUCGGAUAGCCAGAUCAAACCACCUGCGUCAUCGGAAGAUGUUGUGUUUAAACGAGUGAAGAAUCCAAAAUUUGUAGAAGGCGUCAAGGUAAUUGGAACAAUUGUAUACCCUGGCUUUAACGUGUUGCACGUCGGUGUUUCUCCAAUAAACGACACAAAAGCGUGGAUAUAUGGCUGUAAAAAGUUUAAUUUAGUUGACAUAGAAAAGGGAGAAAUAAUAAAAAGUUAUACUCCUUCCGUAAUAUUUUCUGAUCUAUUUUCUGUCGAUGAAAAUAAUGUUAUUAUUGAGGAGCUGAUGGGAAAAAGCUUAAUGAAAAUACAUAUUAAAGAGGACGGCAGCAUGGACGUGGAACCUUUGAUUAAAACACCAGUUUCAAAACAAGGCAAUGAAGAUGGCAAUACUGAUGAGAUACUUAAACAUUCUAUCUCUAAAUCUGGAUAUUCGUUAACAUGUCUCAUGCAAAAGCAAACAUGUUGUUGUUUUUGUUGUUUUUGUUGUUUUCCUAAACGAGUUUUGUUGAUAAAGCGUCAUGAUGCAAACGGCCAAUUAAUAAUGCAGAGAAAGCUACAAAAAGAUGGUAAAAAUAUAUUUGAAUAUUCUGUCGACUCUUUGAAGAUAAAUGGGAACGGGGAUGUUUGCGUAGCUGGAUCAAAUAGCAGUGAAGAUUCAACAAAGGGAUAUAAUUUUCUAGCAGUUUUUACUGAACAAAUAAAAUUUCGAUUCUUUUAUCCAAAAGGAUUGCGUUCUAGCGCUAAAACUGGAUUAUAUGAUAUCGCAACUGAUCCUAAUUGUAACAUUCUUCUCGGAUACUGCAGUGCAAUUGAUAUAAUAGAUUGUAAUGGUUUUUUUCUGUAUUCUCUGAAAGCAAGUUUUGGAAUUGAUGGAGAAUCGCGGCUUCUAUCAGUAGACCAUGAAGGCAAGGCAUGGAUAUGCACUGAGACUGGCCGAGUUGUUGUUAUAGAAUAUGCUACAUGGGAAAUUACUGAAAAUAAUAAAUAAACGAUAAAACAAUAUCUUCGGUGAAAUAUAAUUCCCUGGUUACUGGAUUUCUAUUGUUUGUCUAAGCGAUAAUUUAAGAUUUCGUGAUGUUAUACGAAGGGUCUUUUAUAUACCCUUCGUCAACUCACCGAUUAAGACAACAGGAGAGAGUUUAUCCUGUAUUUAUUUAAAAAGUUUAACCAUGCAUAUGUAAUUGUGUUUUCCUCUAUAUGGAUAUUCUUUAUUGUUUUUAAUAUAUACUUAGUAGUAAAUACAGAUAAAUUGUAUGUGUAAUACAAUCAAUGGCAAGCGUGCUGUAUCAGCCACCGUUGAUGAUAUCGAUAUCAGCACGGUUGCAAAAGCUUGAUCACACCUUUAAUCUGUAUGACGUCAAGUCAUCGAUUGCAGUCACUGUUGCAAAGGCUUUAUCUUAACCCUAAUCUGUAUGACGUCAUGUCAAACCUAUAAUCUGUAUGACGUCAUUUCAAACCUCCUUAUCUGUAUGACGUCAUGUCACAUAAAAAACUUGAAGUAUAUGUAUAUAAUAAAGUAUAUAUAUGAUAUGGCUUUUUCAAUAUCACACACUGUAUCAACCCUCAACCAAUAUAAUCCCUCGAGCAGAGCUCUUGGGAUUAUAUUGGUGUCUUGGGUUGAUACGGAUGCGAUAUUGAAAACGCCAUAUGAUAUUCUCUAUGUAUUGUAAAAAGUAAAAUCACAAAAAGACUGUACCCAGAGAAAAAUUCAAAAACAAACGUCCCGAAUAAAAUGGCAAAAUCAAAAGCACAAAUAAUCAAACGAAUUGAUAACAACUGUCAUAUUUCUGACUUGGUACAGGUAGGUAUUUUCUUAUGUAAUAGCGCACAUGUUUUGUUUUUCUUCUUUUCAACGAGUUGUGGUAAUAAAACACGAUGAUGCCAAUAUUUCAAUAAGACAUUUAGAAGAAAAAAAAAUAGCUGAAAGAAACAAAAAUUGAUAAUACCAAAGUGUUACAACCUUUAAAGAUAGAAAAAAACUAUGGAACUGUAAAUGCUGUAACGCACAUUUUCACUCCACGAAUAUGCACGAAUUUAAACGCAAAUUUCAUCCGCCUUUUCUUGUUUAGGACACCAAGUUGUCAUCUAAAUAUAUCGUGACAUUUCAGAGUUUUACAUGUUAUGGGCAAAAAGAUAUAAGACACACUAUUUCCUAAUUGGCUCUUUGUUCUUCUUCAGUAUCUAGAGUCGGUCGCACAAAAAAAAUAUUCAUCGUGAUACUGAAUUUUCCAUGAUUUACAAUCAAUAUUUUGUGAAAUCGACUCCGGGGUUUUUUUCACGAUUAAAAGGGUUCAUUUUGUAAAAUAAUUUUAUUAGUGUUCUUUGUUUUUUUGUCGCGUUCCUCGAUCUAGUUUUGUUUUUAAUCAUUUUUCAUUGGAUGUUAUAGUGCUCUAAUGUAGUUUUCUUUUUUUCCACUUGUCUGAGUUUUAUGCACAUAUAAAUAUCCAUAUAUUAUUUAUUACUAAUUCAUCACUCAUCAGAUACUUUUUUUGUUGUUGUGCAAAGUGGCUCUAAUAGUUUGUAUUGAAUGUGUUUAAUAAAUUUGAUUUUGAAAUCAACUGAGCUCUUCAAAAAUAUAAUGUUAUUUUUUUAAACAAUAAAAACAAGCUCCAUUUACUUACAGAUUAAUGACACAUUGUCGGAAAUAUGUCCUUCCUAUUAAUUUGUCGUUUGAAAAGCUUGUAAAUUACAAAAACAAUCUGCCUCAUUUUCAUUUUUUACGUUUUAUUAAAUGCAUUUAUAUAGAUGAACGGGGCCUACGUUUCACAGGCACAUCCCGUGUAAUCUAAAUGGCUUGGUUGAGAUUGAUAAUUGAAUAAAGUAACGGUGAUUUUAUUCCAAACAGGCAAAUUUAAAGAAUAAACAGCCAAGUGACGGAAAGUGAUAAAUUAUCAUACAAAAAACAACACCUACACCCAAUAUGGAUAAGCCAUUUGUCGCCUCAUCUCCGUCCAUAGAUGAUCAACACAAAACAUCUCUUGAAUUCUCUUCCAGAUCAGGAGUUAUUCUUAAAAUUGAUGACACUGGGUCUGUUCAAAUAAGACAAGAAUCAUCUCUGGAUAAUGAUGUAGAAAUCAAAACAACUAUUUCUGGCAAAUUAGAUUUUCACGACAUUUCUGGAAUUUCAAUUGUUAGUCCAACAAAAGCGUGGAUUCAUAAUCCCCAAAGAUUGAGACUAAUUGACAUAGAGACUGGUCGAAUCAUUCGAUCUUUCAAAACCGACAUUAUACUUCGGUAUGUAAAUGCCUUGAGUGAUACUGCCAUACUGUUUUUGUCGAGCAAUGAAAUUUUGAGGUUAAACAUAAAUGAUGACCAAACCUGUAAUUUUCGAACGCUUUUGGAUGUUUCCGAAGGUGAUAAUGAAAGAACUCAGAAAAUUCUAAAUGUUUUCACGGUCUCACCAUCAGGCGAAUUGUAUGUUUGCCUUACUAACCAGUGGGCAUGCGCAUGUUUUUCCGGAGAAUUUUCUAGCAUUGAACGAUAUAGCAUGGACGCAAAGCUUCUUCAAAAAGGUAAAAUUCGAAAUAAAAGAAAAAAUGUAAUAUGUAAUGCGUAUGCUCUAGUAGUGAACAGUCACGGCUAUAUUUGUAUUGCCGGAGAAAAAUUCGAAAGGGAUGGUGAAGUUUGCGUGGUAAUUCUUGAUUCCCAAUUUCGUUUCCGCUCUUUCUAUGAUAUCAAUACUUUUAUUCAAGAACAUAUUCCGUCAACACUCGCCACAGAUCUGAAUGAUAAUUUCCUAGUUGUACAUACAUUUAAGGACAGAGUAAGACCAUGGGAUGAUCCUCACUGGAGAGCUAAGAAAAGACCAGAUAUAACUUUCGUGUCUGUAAUUGAUGAAAAUGGUCAGUUCUUAUUUCAUCCAUCGAUAGACGAGGUUCCCAUGAACGGUAUAGUCAAGAUUUGUACGUUAGACACAAGUGGUAAAACAUGGCUGAUAAGUGACACAGGCGAAAUCAUUAUUUCUGAAUUUGAGCGCUUGACAAAAAAAGAUGGAGAGGACGAAUAACAAAAAAAAAACUUAUGGAGGGUUUACAUAGACUUGGAUAAUACGUUAACAAGAUUCGAGAAAAUAUGUCUUCAUGUUUGAGUAUUGUUAAUGUUUUUGUUAGCGUUGAAUCUUAAUUUCUCUGUUUACAUGCUUUUUCAAAUACUAUGUAUUUUACCAAAAUUUUACACUUUGCAUUCUAUAAUUAUAUAUUAACAUGUC